AUGGCUUGCACUGUCGCUUCCAGGAGGGCCGUCCUGCUAGUGCGCGCGCUGGAGAAGCUCCUUGCCGCGUCGUCCGCGCCCGGGGCUGGCUCCGCCGUCAGGCCAGUGGCAGUCACCGGCGGCCUCCGCAGGUACAACACCGGCGCUCAGCUCCGACGUUACGAGGGGGCCGAGUCCAAAGACGACAGCGUCCGCGAGUACGAGAGCCGGUGCGGCAGCCGGGACUACGCCGUGCCCAGCCUGUUCUCAGAUAUCUUCCGUGAUCCAUUCAGUUCGCCGCAGAGCCUCGGCCGCCUGCUGAGCCUGAUGGACAACUUCGCGGUGGCGGCGCCAGACCGUGCCGGCGCGGUGCGCCGUGGCUGGAACGCGAAGGAGGACGAGGAGGCGUUGCACCUGAGGGUGGACAUGCCGGGCCUGGGGAAGGAGCACGUCAAGGUGUGGGCGGAGCAGAACAGCCUGGUGAUCAAGGGCGAGGGCGAGAAGGAGGCCGGCGAGGACGAGGACGUCCCGCCUCCGAGGUACAGUGGUCUCAUCGAGCUCGCGCCAGAGGUUUACAGGAUGGACAACAUCAAGGCGGAGAUGAAGAAUGGUGUGCUCAAGGUGGUCGUGCCCAAGGUGAAGGAGGAGGAGCGCAAGGACGUGUUCCAAGUCAACGUCGAGUAG